GCUCUCACAAUCUCUCUAUCUAAUUCUAUCUAUGCAACAUUUGAGCUUGUUUGUUUUAGAGGGAUCCAACAUGGGCAUGAGCUUCUUCAUCAUUUUCCUCAUCUUUCCUUUCUUUUUCUUUCCCUUGGUAAACAGCUUCAACAAUUCUGCAGCUGAUUCUUUGGAUGCUUUACUUGAAGACUUUGCUUUCGACACGCUUGUCGAACACCGCCGUCACACCGGUGUCCUCUACAAAGCCACCUCCCCUGCAAAUCUCUCCGGCAUACAAGUAUCGGUGUUGAAGCUGAGAAGCCGGACAAUGUGGAAUAAAGGAGCUAAUUUCAGCCAUUUCAGUAUCCCACCAAGAACAACCUCUUCGCCUCAUGUGAGACGGCUCGCUUUAGUCUAUCAAGACUUGGGCAAUUGGUCCUCCGAGUACUACAUUGUCCCAGGCUACAAGCUGGUCACUUCAGUUGUUGGGUUCAUGGCUUUUGAUGCUUCAAAUUCGAGCGCCAAAAGCAUUACAAGGCUCAAUCUGACUACUAGAGGGAAGCCUAUUUCGAUCGAUUUUCACAACUUGACGGUCGGAGAAAGCGUGAGAUCCCAGGUAAGGUGUGUCAUAUAUGCUGCCAAUGGGACGACUUCCCUUAGUGAGAUGAGCUUGCCAGGUGUGUGUCAAUCGAGGGAGCAGGGCCAUUUUUCGGUCGUUAUUCCGGAAGGCGAGCUGAAAGGGAAGCAGAAGCUGUGUUAUUGGUGGUUCAUUGGCUUUGUUCUUGCAUUUGCUGUGCUGGUUUUGGGGGGAAUUACAGUGGUUGUUCUUGUGAGGCUCUUGAGAACAAAGAAGAUUCAGAUAAUGGAAAGACACGCCGACGAAGAUUUGGCCCUCGCAAGCCGAUGGGUUGGUCAGAGUAAGAUGCCUUCUGCUGCAGUCACAAGAACUCUGCCUGUUCUUGAGAGUGGAUGCUUCACAUAACUGUUUCUUCACUAUUUUUCUUUGCCCAUCUGCUUCAUUCACAAGAACCGCCAAAGCACGUUAUUAUCUUUUACCAAAAAUA